AUGAGUGAGAGCCACUAUAAAUCAAUUGAAUCCAUUCAAAAAAAUAUGAAACUAAUUAUCAAAGAGUUAAACGAACAUAAUUCAGAUGUAAAGGAAAUAGUUCAAAUGUCCAUAUACUCAAAAAUGAUGGAAACACAACAAGAAUACAAUGAAUAUGAAAAUGCAAUAAAAGAAUUGGAAGAAAUGAUUGAAGGAAAAGAAAAUUUAUUAACUAUUCACAAAAAUUCAAUAAAACUUCUUACAGAAAUACUUUUACAAUAUCAAAAUGAAAUUAAUUAUUUAGAACAAAAAGAAAAUGAUGAAAAAGAAUACUAUAACACUUUUAUUGACAAACUUAUUGAAAUAGAAGAAACUAAAAAGAAUAACGAAAUAAGUACCAUUGAACAAAAAUACUCUAAUAUAAAAAAUGAAUUUGAAUUAAAGAAAAAACAAAUCAUUAAUAAUCUUAACACAAAAGAAGAAGAAGGUAAUGAUAAAAAAGAAAAUGUCAAUGAAAGAAAAAGUAUUGAAAUAAAUGAAAAAGAAGUUACACAACCAAUUGAAGUACCAAAUGUAAUAAACACAAAUUCAAUUCAAAAAGAUAUAGAUCAAUUAAUUGAAAUUGAAGAAAACUAUGACAUGUAUGAUGAAACAAAAUUCACUGGAUCAGUUACUACAAUUAUUCCUCCUCAAUUUGCUCAAUCAAGUUGUAAAGUAGUUGAACCACCACAUUCUUUAAAUAAAUUACCAAUUAAUCAAAAAGAAAAAGUUAUUCAUAUAAAUCCACAAAAUAUUAAACAGACAGAAGAACAAUUUGAAGGAAUUAAUUAUAUUGAAAAUUGGUGUGGAUUAAAAAAUCAUUUGAUUUUAUUUGACAGUUCAUUACCAAAUGGAAAUUCAAAUGAAACGUUUGUAUCGUCAAUACUAAAUCAUUCAAAUAUUGUAGUAUUAGUAUUUGAUUCAUUAGGAAGUGUUUUUGGAGGAUAUAUGAAUAAACCAAUCCAAACAACUGAUUCAUUAAUUACUGAUUCUAAUCAUUUUCUAUUCAGUCUUAAAAAGAAAAACCAUCUUCAACCAAUACAAAUUCUACCUAAAAAAGAUAAGUUAGUUGGGAUGUACAUUCAUUCAACAAAUAAAAAUGAAUUAUGUUAUUUUGGUGAUGAAAAUUAUGGAUGGUUAUCAAUUCAAAAAACAACAAUCCCAAAAAGUGUUUGUUGUUCUUUAAAUAUGGUUUAUGAAGUCGACAAUUCAAUGAUUAAUGGAAGUGAUGGAGAAGGAUUUUUAAUCGACAGAAUCGUUGUUUUAGAAAUGAGCUAA